CUGACGUGCCUGAUCCUCUCUUUUCUGCAGUUUAAGGGAAAGACGAAGUCUUGCACAAGGCACUCUGUGUCUGCUCUUGGCAAGGAAGGGUGGCAUGGAGCCUUUCCGGCUGCUUGUCCUGCUCUUGGUCACAGAGCUAUCCCAAGCCUACAACACCACAGUGUUCCAGGGUGUGGAGGGCCAGGCCCUACGGGUCUCCUGCCCCUACGACUCCAUAAAGCACUGGGGGAGGCGCAAGGCCUGGUGCCGCCAGCUGGGCGAGGAGGGUCCGUGCGAGCGUGUGGUCAGCACGCACAACGUGUGGCUGCUGUCCUUCCUGAAGAGGCGGAACGGGAGCACAGCCAUCACAGACGAUGCCCUGGGCGGCACCCUCACCAUCACGCUGCGGAAUCUUCAAGCCCACGACGCCGGCCUCUACCAGUGCCAGAGCCUCCAUGGCAACGAGGCCAACACCCUCAGGAAGGUCCUGGUGGAGGUGCUGGAAGACCCCUUGGAUCACCAGGACACUGGAGAUCUCUGGGUCCCCGAAGAGUCCGAGAGCUUUGAAGGUGCUCAAGUGGAGCACAGCAUCUCCAGGAGGCUUCCGGAAGGAGAGACCCCCUUCCCACCCACUUCCAUCCUUCUCCUCCUGGCCUGCAUCAUUCUUGUCAAGCUUCUAGCAGCCAGCGCCCUCUGGGCUGCAGCCUGGCAUGGGAAGAAGCUGGGGACACGUCAGCCCAGUGAACUGGACAGUGGUUCUGACCCAGGGCACCAGCUCCAAACCCUGGCAGGGAUGAGAGACACAUGAGAGAAGAGGACCAAGUGGCGGAAACCCGGGAGAGGGCCGGUGAAUGGCCAGCCCAGCCUACAUGCUCACCCCU